AUGGCGACCAAUACUGAGGCCGCUCAUGCGGAUACUCAGCCGAAGCAGCAUGGAGCUGCCGAGAUUGAGCAUCCCGGCGAGUCUGAGCCCAGAACCGAGAGCGAGAAGAUCAACGACAGUGAGAAGGGCGAGGCCCCUGCGGCCUACAUCCCCCAAAGCGAUGAGGACUACGAUGUCACUUUCAAGACCUGGAUUGUAGUCAGCAUCCUCUCUGCUAGUUAUGGUAUCUCUUUCUGGAUCGUUCCUUCGCUCAGUGCCUGCGGCGCAAAGGUUGCUGCAGACCUUGGAGAUCCUACCGGCGCCGCCUGGUUUGUCGCAAUCUAUCUGAUGAUGAUUACCAUUGCUUUCAUGGUCUGUGGCGGUAAGUUGAACAGUUCUCCACCAGGACCCGAUCUCUUUGGUCGUCGUUGGUUCAUUGUCGGCGGCAAUGUUCUCUUGUUUGUCGGUUUCUUCGUCGGCGGCGCAGCCAAGAACGUCAAUGCCAUGUACGCUGCCAUGGCCAUCAUCGGCUUUGGUGCCGGUAAUGCCCAGCUCGCCGCGUUUGCUCUCCCGGAACUGCUACCCAACAAGUGGAGGCACAUUGCCAUCGUCAUUGCCGACAUUGGAGUCUUCGUUGCUGUUGUCAUCGGUCCCAUCGGUGGCCGCUACUCGGCAGUCAACGGCGAUGCUUGGCGAUGGCUUUUCUACGCACCAGGAAUCUUGAGCGCCUUCUCCUUCGGAGGGCUGUACAUGUAUUAUUUUCCUCCGGCGCACCCUCGCGGCCUGCCCUUCAAGCAAGCUCUUCGCGAGCUCGACUACGGCGGUGCCUUUCUGUUCAUUGCGGCGACCAUCCUGACGCUGACCGGAGUCAACUAUACCACGUUUUUGCCGUCGAACAACCCCAGGGUCGUCGGUCUUUUGGUCUCUGGACUCGUGGUCCUGCUCAUCUUCGCCGUGUAUGAGACAUUCGUUCCGUUGAAGCAGCCCCUGACACCUCCACGCGUUUUCACAAGGGACCACGGGCGCGAGCUGACUGCGCCCUUCAUUGCGGCCUUUGUGACAACCAUGUAUGUUCGCACCCUUCUCUACCCCUCCUACCACCAAAAGAGUCCACGGUUCUCAUCACCAUCACCAUCAUCACCACCACCACCACCUGCCCUUCCACAGCCUUGGGUUCUUGAUCUAAUUCACCCUCCAGUAUUUGGAGGAUUCUUAUUAUCAGCACUAGGAAGUAAGAUUGGACACUGGAGAUGGACACUGACGGCCUCUGUGUCCAUUAUGGUUGUGUUUGGUGCCCUGCUGGCGCUUGGUACCCCGACUCGUAAGGGGCUGAUGAUUGCUCUUGUCUUCAUCAACCAGAUUGGCUUCGGAUGGGCUCAGUAUCUCACCAUUGCCUUUGUCCAAUUUGGUACGGACCAGGUUGAGCUCGGUAUCGCUGGAGGACUCGCUGGCGUGGCCCGCUUCGCCGGUGGUGCGGUUGCCGUGGCUGUGUACACCUCCAUCCUCACCAACGUGCAGACACAGGAGGCUGCCAAAGUCAUCCCUCCUGCUGUUAUCGCUGCCGGCCUGCCCGAGAGCUCGGUUGCUGCACUGAUGCAAGCGCUGCCGCUCGGUGCCGCUGCGCUGGCCAAGGUACCUGGUAUCACGAACGACAUCGCUGCCGCGGCCGGCGCCGCGUUCCAGCAGAGUUAUGUCGUCGGUCUGCGGACGACCUCCCUGUCUGCCCUGGCCUUUGGCGUCAUUGCCAUUAUUGCCUGCAUCUGCUGUCAAGACAUUGGCAAGAAGAUGAAUAACAAGAUUGAGAUCUACCUCGAGAACGAUGUCCACGCGGACAGAAACAAGUAUCACUAG